UUAUGCAUGUCAUUUGAACUAAAGAAUUUCUCCAUUAAUCUUAUAUUUUAGAUGGCAGCUUUGGCACUUUUAUUUAUUUCAUGUAGCAACUGAAAUGCAGAGCUCCUAUGAGUCUGAUCUGACAACCUUCACCACAAAGGCAGAGCUCCUGUUGUUAGACAACUGGACUUAAUGAUCACAGCAAGCAGGAUUGAAAUUUUAUUGGUGUGCUUCUGUGUGACUGUGACAGUGUUGACACUAAAUCAAAUUCAAUUAGCAAGGGCUUGCUAAUGAGUUCUACUGCUUUGCAAAGUAGAAAGGACAAAGCAUUUUGCAAUCUCCAGCCUGCAAACUAGUUACUCUCCGUGUUAACAGAGUGAUAGCUUAAGGAACUACUGCAGGAUUUUCUCCCUAGAUUAAUGUUAAAGAAUGCUUUGUUAAUGAAUCCCUGAACAAAUGUGUUGUGUGUUACUGGAGAGGGGGGUGGUGCAAAAAAACACAAGCAGGUUUUUUUGUCCUCAAGUGCUCUUGAAGUGAUUUAUAAGAGCAGUGUGGAGCACAGAGAGCAGUGGAAACCGUACCAGCAGAUGACCACAUGGCUGAACAGAGCAGCAUCAGCGCUGCAAUGGAAAAUGUGUCCUGUGAGCAAGCAGACCUGCCACUGCCUUCACAAUAAGCAGGCACUUGUCCAAAGCAGCAGCACCCAGCUCACUCUGGCUUAGUGAACAUGGCGGCUUUCCUGAGGCUAUGUUUGCCAGGGCGCAAAUUGAAGUGAUACCAUGCAAAAUUUGUGGUGAUAAGUCCUCCGGAAUACACUAUGGAGUCAUCACAUGUGAAGGCUGCAAGGGAUUCUUUCGGAGGAGUCAGCAGAACAAUGCCUCCUACUCCUGCCCAAGGCAGAGAAACUGUUUAAUUGACAGAACCAACAGAAAUCGUUGCCAACACUGCCGACUGCAGAAAUGUCUUGCCCUGGGAAUGUCUAGAGAUGCUGUGAAAUUUGGAAGAAUGUCCAAAAAGCAGAGGGAUAGCUUGUAUGCUGAAGUGCAGAAGCACCAGCAGCGAUUGCAGGAACAGCGGCAACAGCAGAGUGGCGAGGCAGAAGCCCUUGCCAGGGUUUACAGCAACAGCAUCAGCAAUGGCUUGAGCAACCUGAGUAAUGAAACGGGCAGCACCUACUCAAAUGGGCAUGUCAUCGACCUGCCAAAGUCUGAGGGUUAUUACAACGUGGAUUCUGCCCAACCUUCUCCAGAUCAGUCUGGGUUAGACAUGACUGGAAUCAAACAGAUAAAGCAGGAACCUAUCUAUGACCUCACCUCUGUACCAAACUUGUUUACCUACAGCUCAUUCAACAAUGGGCAGUUAGCUCCGGGGAUAUCCAUGACUGAAAUAGAUCGAAUUGCACAGAAUAUCAUUAAAUCUCAUUUGGAGACAUGCCAAUAUACAAUGGAGGAACUACACCAGCUAGCAUGGCAGACCCACACGUAUGAAGAAAUUAAGGUUUAUCAGAGCAAGACCAGAGAAGCUCUGUGGCAACAGUGUGCCAUUCAGAUCACACACGCUAUCCAGUACGUUGUAGAGUUUGCGAAGCGGAUAACAGGCUUCAUGGAGCUCUGCCAGAAUGACCAAAUUCUUCUCCUUAAGUCAGGCUGCUUGGAAGUUGUUUUGGUGAGAAUGUGCCGUGCCUUCAAUCCACUCAACAAUACUGUUUUGUUUGAGGGAAAGUAUGGAGGGAUGCAAAUGUUUAAAGCCUUGGGUUCUGAUGAUCUGGUGAAUGAGGCAUUUGACUUUGCAAAGAAUUUAUGUUCCUUACAGCUGACUGAGGAGGAGAUUGCCUUGUUUUCAUCUGCAGUUCUGAUAUCACCAGAUCGAGCCUGGUUAAUAGAACCAAGGAAGGUCCAGAAGCUUCAGGAAAAAAUAUACUUUGCACUCCAACAUGUGAUCCAGAAGAACCAUCUUGAUGAUGAGACUUUGACGAAGUUAAUAGCCAAGAUACCAACCAUUACUGCACUUUGCAACUUGCACGGAGAGAAACUACAGGUAUUUAAACAGUCUCAUCCAGAUAUAGUGAACACACUGUUUCCUCCCUUAUAUAAGGAGCUUUUCAAUCCAGACUCAACCACUGGCUGCAAGUGAAGGGGAUAAUAAAAUUUUCACGUAGUCAUGGAAUGCAUCACUGCUAAGACAAAAAGAAAUGUUUUCAUAAUGAACUUAUUAAAAAUGUCACUACUGCAACACUAGGAAUGUUCUGCACUUAAUAGAAUUAUUUUUCACCGCUACAGUUUGAAGAAUGUAAAUAUGCAACUCUGAGUGGGGAUGUCCUUUUUCUCUUUUCUUUGUUUACUUUUUUUUUUUUUUUUUUUUUGAACUGACAAUGAAUAUAAAAUAUAGUACACUGGGUGUUACCUUUUUUUUUAAUUUUAUUUUAUUGGGAUAUGUUUUGGGAGACAACUGUUCAUAGAAUUUUAUUGUAGAUAUAAAUGAGAAUAGAGCAGUACUUUGCAGUAUUACUCUUGCUGUUUAUUGUUCAAAUAUAAUUUAAGAAAAUUCCACUUAUUAGACUUGCCUAUUUCUAUGUUUUUAGAUAGUUUAAUGCAUGUGGAAAUUUGUAGCUGUCUUGGAAAUUAUUGUGCAUGUAUGAAAUACAUAUAUAUAUAUAUGUAUAUGUGCUAUAUACUUAUAUAUAUAUAUGUAUGUAUUAUAUGCAUACAUGCUGUAGCUUAAAAGUCCCAUGCCUACUUUUAAAGGAUGCUCAGCCAGGCUGUCAUGCAUUUCUUGCUCUUCAAGUAAUGUAUUAGAUUUACUUUGGGCAAUCACAAUUUGCUUUGCCAGUCAGAGUUAAAUCAUCAACUGCCAAUGUGUAAUGACAGGAUCACUCCUGAGACGUGUAAUGUAGUGCAUGUAUGCAGUCUGUAAAUGAAACAUCAGGAAUGUAUCAAUGGUGCAAAAGCCUUGUCUGGAUGAUUUUAGUAGAGAGAAGAAAAGCUUUUUCAGAAUUCUCCCAGUCACAGGGAUACAGCAUAUAUAACAGUGAACAUUUUAGGACAUGAUGUCAGUGAAGUGUCUAAAACACAGAAUAAAAACAUAGACUGUCCCACCCAUACAUUUUUCUGAUUCCAUAAAAUAUUUUAUUUUAUAUAUACUUCUUUGAAAAGUAGUUUCAAAACUUGGCUUGUUUUUAGCUUAACUCAAUGGAAAGACUUAGUGAACUCAGCGAAAACCAUAGGAAGCCUAAAAUGUAGGUCUGAGGGAGGGGCGGAGGAGGAAAGUCAAAGCAAGCAAUGGCCAUGGUUACAAAGAUGAACAUAACUAUCAUUAUUUUUGAUAUAGCCUCAUCUAGAUGAGACUGAUGGUUUCCAUUCCACAUAUAUGUAUAUGUUACAUGCACAUACACUCAUGUGUGUAUAUAUAUACACAUACAUAGGGAUGAUUUUGUGCACUCUUCAGGAAGCAAGCAAAAGAUGCAGGCUAUCUUUUUGUGUCUCUCUGAAUUGAUUUUAUGUUCAUUUAUUUGUUUGAAAAACUGAAGGCAAACACAUGAGGGUGUUAAGAAACAUAGAUAGACUACUACAGACCUAAAGUUGGGGAUUUAUUAAAUUUAAUUGCAGUCGUGAUUAACAUAUUUGAAGUCUGCCAGAUAUAAAAACCAGAAACAUUUUGCCUGUGGAAGAACAGGUAUUUGGUUCCUGUCAUGGCUCUGUCCUUAACAUCAUUUCUACCUGUUUUGAGCUUUUCCUGAGAAAUCUCUUCAGGGGACACCAACAGAGGAAGUAGAACAGAAAUAAGAGGAUGCAGAAAUAAGUGAAAAAGAAAUGAAGCAAAGGCAGGGUCAUAAGCAGAUGCAUUUCAUUAUUUCAAAUCACAUUGAAGGCAAUGCGAGCUGAGACCUGAUGAGGAAGGGCAUGCUGGCAGGCAGGCUGAAGGCCCAACUGUCUUCCAGGUCACUCCCAGAGCAGUGUUGCUGGGAGCCUAUGGGAACACAGCUGGGCCUCUUGGUGGGUGCAGAAACUUGGCUUGUGGUAGUGAUAACUUAAGGCCUCUGGCUUUUCCAGGAGACCACGCAGCUCCUAUCUCAGCCCAAUGCUCCAUUUUCUGCAUCAUCUAGUAAUUCAAUGCCUAUUUCAGGCACACUUAAUAUGGUUUCCCCAGCCCUCCACCAACCAAUUUGCAAGUAUACAUGCACUGUUUUAGCACUCUGAGACUUGAUACAAGAGCAGUUACAAUCUCCCAGCUAAUAAACAUUUAAGUCCAUUCCAACUUAUAUAUAUAUAACCUGCACAAGCAAGUUAGUUGUGCUGAGAAGAAUUUUGUUGUGAACAUGACACAAUCUUCCAAAUUACUUGGUCCUAUACAAAAUGAAUCUCUAAAACACCUUUUUCUUCCACCAAAUUCAGGGCAUGUUUUCUAAUCAUUACAUUGAAAUGUCUUUAGUUAACGUAGUAAAACAUUGCUCUUGAUGCUUCUUUAUACCACUUAAACCCUAAGACUGGCAUCCUCUUAGAAGGUGAUUUAUCUGCUUGCAGCCUUUUAUGUGGCAAAUCUGUGAAUAGGACUCCAAAUUCCACCUCUUUCUAAUAUCAAAAAAACAUAACUAACCAUAUUUAUGCAUGGUCAACUUGAAUGUAUUUGGAAAAAAAAAUAGUCAAGUUAAACUGAAUCCUGCAAGAGCUCAAUUUUAACUGCAGGGGAUUCGUGUGUUUCUUAUCUUUUUCAAUAUAAGAACAUAUCUAUCUAUCUAUCUAUCUAUCUAUCUAUCUAUCUAUCUAUCUAUUCAUUUGAAGUCCUUUAUAAACUCAUUUUCAGUAUAUUAUAAGUAACAUGUUUAGCUAAGCCACAGGAUAUAGAAUGUGAUAAAUACUACUGCUCUUACCGUUGAUAAAUGAAGUUUGUUAUGUUUAGAAACAAUCCACAAUUAUGCACUACAUCUUGAAAACGUUUUAUUCUUUUCAAACAAGCUAAUCAGUCUUUCACUGACAUUAUGACUUAUGUCUUAGGCAGGAUGGAAAAAUGGACAUCACCAGUGAAAAUGACAUAUUAUUUAAUAAUUAUCCAUAGGGAAUUUCAUCCUUAAAGCAAUAUUCUUAAAUCACUGCAACCUCAUGACCUCUCAGUAAGAUUUGACCAAAUCAGUAAGGUUUACUUACCCUUAUAGAUAAAGAAAUGACGGUAAAGAAGUUAAAUGACUUACCAGAUACCACAGAGGUAGCAGCGUACAGUCUGGGGUAAGACUGUUUUUUUUUGUCGUAAAACCAUGAAGAAUCUGGUAUGCUCAUCAUCAUUGAUAGGCAAUAGCCUGUACAAACAAUUACAAAUUACAAACAUUUAUUUAAUUUUAUAUAAUUUUGGACUGACAACAUAGGUCAAGUAGUACUUCUCCUGCCCUUCGCUGACUGAUUAUAGAAUAACAAAAAAAUUGCCACAUACUACAGACUGGAUUUUUGUUCUCAUUGAUAUAAAGUCAUUUGUACACAGUUUCAAAUUCUCAGUAUUGGAUUUUGUAUGUUCCAGUUACGCAAGUAAAUAACCGCAUAGACCACUCACAAAAUACAUUUCAGACAAUAUUGGUGCAGUGUUUUAUUUCUUGUUGGCUUUCAUUAGUCUGCAAUAACAUCUGAAGCCCUUCAGUUAAAUCUCUAGAACUGGAACUUGUCACAUCUGUUCUAUGUAGUAAUUGUUUAUGUUUGUUGAAUUUUUUUAGUGACAAGCUCUUCACACAGGACACAAGUUUUAAUGAUUGAUUAAUUCCUGAUAUUUAAAAAACAUAUAUUGAAUCUUCUAGAAUUGCUCUCAGAUAAUUGAACCACAUUGAUCUAAAUUUUCCUUGGCAUCAAGCAGACAGAUGUAGACUGUUUGUUAUACUACCACAGAGACUUUACUUUGGUGUAAAUGUCACUCUAGCCAGCUCUUUGCAUAAGGAAUUGAUUCCAAGAGACAUAUUUUCUUCUAAUGGAAAGAAUGUUUCAGUGAUUGCUAGGGGAAAAAAAAAGGAAAAAGAAAAAAAAAAAAAGGAAAAAGAAAAACAAACCAACA